GAGAAGAAGAGGACAAACAAAAGCCCCUCUGUAAUAUUUUUAUUCUCUUCUCUUCGCAAAACUCCUCCUUCACUCUUCCCCCGAUCCUUCCCCUUCAAAAACCUUCGUCUACGUUCUAACCCUAAUUGAAUCGGAUCUCUAGGUUUGAAUUAUGAGGAAGAGAGAGAGGGAGAACCCUUGUUCGCUUUGCGGGCAUUACCACAAGUACGAGGAAGGAGAAGUCUGUGGAAUCUGUGGCCACCGUAUGCCUGAUCCCUCCGAUGUGCCGGCUCCUCAAGUCCACGUCAGCGCUUUUCCGUCUGAGAUCUUGCCGGAUUUUCUCUUCCUAGGGAGCUACGACAACGCCUCCCGCUCUGAGCUUCUCAAGACUCAGGGAAUCUCUCGCAUUCUUAAUACGGUUCCUAUGUGCCAGAAUCUAUACAGGAACUCAUUCACUUAUCAUGGCCUCUCUGAUGAAAAAGUCUUGCAAUUUGAUGAUGCUAUCAAGUUCUUAGACCAAUGUGAGACGGACAAGGCACGUGUUCUUGUGCACUGCAUGUCAGGGAAAAGCAGAUCACCAGCGGUUGUUAUAGCGUACUUGAUGAAACGUAAAGGGUGGAGACUCGCUGAGAGUCAUCAGUGGGUUAAGCAACGAAGACCCACAACUGACAUAUCUCCAGAGUUCUACCAACAACUGGAGGCCUUUGAGCAGGCCGUAUUCGGAUCAAGAGAAGGAAUGAUGUCGGCCAUGAGUCUCAACGAUCCUCCAACAUUUGGGUUUGGUUUCCCAAAGGUUAAUAACGUUCAAGCGCAAGUCCCUGUGUUCAACAGUGCUCCUGCUUCUUCUAUAUUUUCAUCCCCUGCUUCAAGUAUCCCUCCUCAAGGGUUCACUUUUGGAGCUGCUCCACCAAAGCCAACUACCGGCGAUGAUAUUACCAUGGAAGGCUCUUGAAACCAAAUUCCACCAAAAAACAUACUGGUUUCCUUUUUUCUUUUUCCUUUGUGUAAAUGGAUAUUGGUGCAUGCUUAAGAGAGAUUAUGUGAGAUGAAUCUUUGUUGGUUUGGUGUUUUGCAUCUAUAUUUGUUUGCUAAAAGGAAGCAUCUUUCAUUAUC